AUUUUCGUCCCCUCCAGUUGGCAACGGCCAUUACACAUUACUCUCGGUUCGUCGUCGUGUCAGAGCUAGAGAUUCUCCUCCUCCAUCACACAAUCAGCCGUCGUCGCGGAAGAAGAAAAAAGUCUCCAUCGAAAAUCGUCCGUCGCGAGUUUUACCAGUGGAUUUUUGAUUGCGGAUAUUCCCCGGGGGAAAACUCCAAAGAAAGAACGCAGCAGGCCACAUUCGGGUGGAGGUCGACGGUCGGUGCCACUUUUGGGAUUAAUUUGCUGGCGGAGCCUACUGCUCUGAGAGAAAGAAAACUUACGGCACCCGUUCCGGAUUACUAGGUGACAACACCCCGCAGAGAAAGAGAGACAGUGAGGAAAUGUCCGCGUCCGCGAUGAGUCCCGAAUAUGACUACCUUUUCAAACUGCUGCUGAUUGGAGACUCGGGUGUGGGAAAGUCUUGCCUUCUGCUGAGAUUUGCUGAUGAUACAUACACGGAAAGCUAUAUCAGCACAAUCGGCGUAGAUUUUAAAAUUAGGACCAUUGACUUGGACGGCAAAACAAUCAAACUGCAAAUUUGGGACACGGCCGGCCAGGAGCGCUUCCGUACGAUAACGUCGUCGUACUACCGGGGCGCGCACGGCAUCAUCGUGGUGUACGACUGCACCGACCAGGAGUCGUUCAACAACGUCAAACAGUGGCUGGAGGAGAUCGAGCGCUACGCCUGCGAGAACGUGAACAAGCUGCUGGUGGGCAACAAGUGCGACCUGCAGACGAAGAAGGUGGUCGACACCACCACGGCUAUGGAAUACGCGAACCAGCUCGGCAUCCCGUUCCUGGAGACGUCCGCGAAGAACGCCACCAACGUGGAGCAGGCAUUCAUGACGAUGGCGGCGGAGAUCAAGAACCGCGUCGGACCCCCCUCGAGCGCAGCGGAAGCGCCUAGCGCCGUCAAGAUCGACAAGAGCCGCAACGUCGAGGCCAAGGGCGGCUGCUGCUGAACAGCUGGUUGUGCCCCAGCAGAUGGAGACGGAGGAGGAGACAGUAGGUGGUGGUGGUGGUCACGCACGCAGACGACAGACGGUGGUGGAGGCGGUUGGAGGACGUUGGCAGCCCCCAAAGGAAAGGAAAGCAAACAGAAGCAGACCGGUUUGGUUUGCGCUCCGGUUUAUUGAUAUAUAUAUUGAUUAUGAUUUUUGUGUCUUGUACAUUUCCCCUUCUUGAAAUAAAGAUGAAACAAGUGCGCGUGUUUUUGCCGCCGCAGCAAGAAUAAAGAAAAAAAAAUAAACAAUUGAUUAAACAAAACAACAACACAAGAGGGCUUCAGCUUCUUCCUCUCUAAGCUAAUUACUACUACUAUUAUAUUAUUCAAACACAAACACAGACAUCUCUCAGCAAACACAACAACAUUGAUGAUCUUCACUGUCCAACACGAGAGGGGCCGAUUUAACAAAUUUAAUUAGAGAAAAACAUCAAAAGUAAUAACCAGUUUAGUAUGAUUUAACCAGCAGUAAUAGAACAGACAGACACGCGUGAGGAGCGAAAUAGUGAAGAGGUAAAACAAUGGGAGGUGAAAAUAAAGAAAAAACGCUAGCGUAAGGAGAAAAAUAUUAUUCAUUAGAGGAAAUACUUUUACUAGAGAGAACCAACCAAGAGAAUGAAAAGAAGUAAAAAAAUUCAAAAUGAUUAGAACAUUAACAAAUGGUGAAGCAAAGUCUUAAAAAGUGUUUGAAGGCAUUACCAGCAGAAAAAAUAUACACAAUUUAGCCACGCAAUUAUACGCGCGAAAGCAUGGUAAAUGAAUUCAACAAUAAACUUUGUAAAACUGCAGAUUUGUUGUCCCACUUUUCAUUUUUGUCUCCAGCGACACAACGUUGGUCUCGAUUCCGCCGGCCGCUGCUGUCCUCCGCUGUCUUCGAGUUGCGCCCCCCCAAUUUUUCAAAAUACCUAAAUCUGCAAAAUAUAAUACAAAGAAAUCCUUAACAACACCUUUAAAAAACCGGUGAUGCAUGAAAUCGCGAAAUUCCACUAGUAAUAGCGAAAAACAAAACAUUAGUUCGUCCUCUUUAACACUUUUUAAUACAAGUAAUAAAAAAAAAGAAGAAGAUAACACUAGCUUUUUGUCUGUGAGAAAUUAAAGAAAAAAUUAAAAAAAAACAUCAAUUGCAGAAUUUUAGUUUUAUUCGUCUUUUCCGUGUCUACACUAUUUUAGUUGAAUGAGAGAAAGAUUAUAUCGGAAUAUGUAUUUAUACGUUUAAACAAAAUAAUUAAAGCAACAAAGUAAGAAAAAACAAACGAGCUAGAAGGCUUGAAUUUGCUGCAAUUUCAUCCGUUCACUUUGGCAUUUUCCAACCCAUUUUCAUUCUUUUCAUUAAAUCGUUAAAAUGUAGAGCUAAAGCAACAUUGAGCAAGCAAAUAAAAAUGUGAUUCGCAACAGAUUAUUUUUCCCCACUAGAACAACAAGCAAGUUUCCAAAUCGGUUACACUUUUCAUCACCACCAUCCACAAUUUUCAAAAUGAAAAGCACCAAACCGCGAAAUGAGCGAAGAGAGAAAAACGAACCGAAACCACGAUAAUAUUGAUUGAUUGGAACGAUUUUGGGCCGACUGGAGGGAUUCGAAAGAGGUGAACAACAUUCAAGCAAAAAUGUGGAAAACGAUUUCCACUGAGAAAUACCAGCAAAGGACGGAAAACUCGUAAAUAAAAAAAAGUUGAAAAUUAUGUAAAA